AUGACGUUUGAAGAAAAGCCUGAGAGCCUUGUAGAUGAGAACCAGAUGUACCUAGGUGCGAGGCAUCAGGCAAACGGGAAACCAGGAGAAAGUGGGAAAGCCAAGUUCUCUGCAAGGCAGGAGGCAAAUGAGAAAUGCGACUUGCCCAGAAAAAGCCUCAACAGGUACAGCUGGCAGGAGAUCCAGAGACACAGUCAGGAGACUGACCAGUGGCUGGUGAUCAAUCGCAAGGUCUACGAUGUUACUGGCUGGGCGGACAGGCAUCCCGGUGGGCGCCCGGUCCUCAACUACUACGCUGGGGAAGACGUCACGGAUGUCUUCAGAGCCAUGCAUCCGGACCCUGACAUUGUGCGGUUGUACCUCAAACCACUGCUCAUCGGAGAGCUUGCUCUAGAAGAGCCCAAUCAGGAGAGAAACAAAAAUUCCCAGUUGGUGGAAGAUUUCCAAGAACUGUGGAGGACAUUAGAGACCAUGAAUUUGUUCCAUGCCAACCUGGGGUUCUUCUUCCUUCACCUCGCCCAGGUCUUGAUUUUGGAAGCCCUGGCUUGGGUAAUAGUGUGGCAUUUUGGCAGUGGCUGGCUUGUCACAAUAUUCAUUUCUUGUCUUCUCACGGUUGCUCAGGCUCAGAGUGGAUUUCUGCAACAUGACAUGGGACACCUAUCCAUAUUUAAGAAGUCCAAGUGGGAUCACCUGUUGCAAAAAUUUGUGAUGGGUCAUCUCAAGGGCCUAUCUGUAAAAUGGUGGAAUAACCAGCACUUCCAACACCAUGUCAAAACAAAUAUCUACCUCAAAGACCCAGAUAUUGAUGUAGAACCAUUUCUUGUUAUUGGAGAUUUACAACCUGUCAAGUAUGGGAAGAACAAAAUCAAAUUCAUCAACUACGAGAAGCAGCACCUGUACUUCUGCACGGUUGGGGUCCACCUUUUCAUGCCGGUAGCUUUGAACCUGAAAUCCAUGAAAGAGAUGUGCCGGAGAAGGUGCUGGGAGGACAUCGCCUGGGUCAGCAGCUCUUACAUUCGCUAUUUCAUCACAUUUGUUCCUUUCUUUUUUUUUUUUUUUACUUUUUUUUUUUUUACAUUUGUUCCUUUCUAUGGAAUCUUUGGAACCUUGGGGCUCAUGUGCUUAGUCAACUUUCUUGAGAGUCCGUGGAUUGCAUAUGUUACCCAGAUGAGCCACAUACCAAUGAAAAUAAGCAAAGAGGAGAACCAGGACUGGUUCAGCACUCAGGUCUUGGCCACCUGUAAUGUUGAACAGUCCUUUUUCAAUGACUGGUUCACUGGGCACUUGAACUUCCAAAUUGAGCACCAUCUGUUUCCCACAAUGCCACGCCAUAAUUACCACAAGGUGGCACCUCUGGUGAAGUCACUGUGUGCCAAGCAUGGACUGCCGUAUGUGAACAAGCCCAUGUUGAAGGCAUUUGGAGAUAUUGCCAGGGCCCUGAAGAAGUCUGGAGCCCUCUGGAAGGAGGCUUACCGCACGCAUCCACAAACAUAA